GCUUACUAAGCUAACAGUGUGAACAUGGUAGGUAUUAGCAUGAUAGCAUGCUGAUGUUAGUAUGCUAAAACUCAAACUUGUCUCAAAGACUAAGAGAAAAACUAAAACCCCGUAUAGUGAGUCAAAUGUUUUAAAUAUUCCCUGCAGUAUACGUUUAUUUCUUGUUCCAGUUUUCUUUCUGCCUCAGUCGUUCCCUUGUCGAGUCUUUUUGAAGUUAACGUCGCAAUCUGAACUAUUUACGAGGAGCACUUGAACGCAGCAGCUGGUAUUCCGAGCCGAGUCGGGCAGCGGCAUCUAGUGGCCACCAGCGGGAACAACACGCAGCUGCCCGUGAUUUCCAGCGUCGGUGGUGCAGCCUGGAUGCAGCAGAGCGGAUCCUGGUCUGACCGCAGCUCUGUCACAGCCUGUCUGUCUGCCCGCCUGACAGCGUCAGACAGUUAGCCAGUGAACCCGCACACAGACAGGACAGCCAGCCAUGAGCACGACGUCUUCCUGACGGCCUCCAUUCACACCCAGAGCCCAUCUGCAGCUGAAAUCUGUGCGAUCAGUCCGUUCAGAGCGGAGGAGGAAGAGGAGGAGGAGGAGGAAGAGGAGGCAUGUCGAGCACUGCAGCAGACAUGCCGGCCCCGCUCCACAUCACACUGCUUGCUCUUCUGGCCAGCUGUGACGCCUUCAGACUGGGUUCAUCCCAGCGAGUCAUACCCCUCAGCCCUCCGGUGGCCCGUCUAUUCCAGGAUGAAGGCCCGUCCCUGCCGCACGUCAUCCAGGAGUUAGUCAGAACCAAACGGCACUCAGUCCAGGAGUUAGUGCGAGUCCAGCCUCAUUUGGUUCAUGACAUGGGCUGGCCAGAGAUACAUGAAACGUCUCGUUCCCAGGCAAAGAUGGACUCCACCAACUCCACUCAGUUAAACCCGCCAUCUUCUGUGGGUCAGGAUACAGCCAGGACUCGAGCUGCUGUGGAUGAAAACCUGGAUGUGGAAGACGAGAUGGAGCGCAUGGUUCAUCUGGCAGUUCCCCAGGAUGCAGAAGGCUACAGGGGACACUCAGACUCCACUGAUCCAGAGAGGGAGCUCCUCAGUGGGCCCGGAGCAGGCGAUUCCUCCCUGGAAGCCUCAGGCUUCUAUGGAACGGACAUGGAGGACAGAGAGAGAGGAGAGGAGGGGGGAGAGGACCGAGAGAGAAGAGGGGGGGAGGACGAGUGGGAGAGAGACACAGCGGAGGACAGAGAGAGGAGGGGGGGAGGCGUCGGAGGAGAGACAGGAGGAGUACUGGAUGCCUCAGAGGCCAACCACGCAACCCCUGACCUGGACGCUCUGAUUGGCUACAGUCCGUCUUUCCACCCCACCGGCUCACAGCAGCCCGGUCUCUCCCCCCCAGGUGAGGUGCCUGAUCCUGGGCUGCAGGAGCAUCGUGCAUCCUCGGUGCUGGAGGUUGGUCCCUUAGAAAGAGAGCUGUGGGAGGCGGAGGGGGAGGAAGAUGGUCACUCCAGUGGCUAUGGAGUCCUUCAGUCCUCCAUCACUACAACCAGCACUCCAUCUACUGCAGCUUCUACUCCAGCUGCUGCUGGAGGAGACUCUGCAGGAACUGCCAUCCCUGAGACUGACACAGGCACCGACUUUGGGCUGCUGGGAGGUUACACAAAAGACGAGACAGGGAGGGAGGAGGAAGAGGAGGACACUGGUCCGGCACUUAAAGGCGUAUUUACCCAGAAUCCCACUGUUCCCGAGGUUGGCAUGGCUCCCAGCCGAGAGCCCCUGCAGCCCAGCGUGGAGGAAGAGGACCAGCUGGAAGAAGGAGAUCACGAGUUCAAAGGCGCCCGAGUGGACGGCAGAAGUGAGGAGGUGGAGGAGGAAAGCUGGGGAAAAAUGGACAAAAAGGAAACGAGAGUCAGACCCAUCAGCCCGCUCACCACAGAUCCCUCCACCACCAUCGGCUUCGUCAAACCCGCCUGGGAUUGGCUGGAAAAGACCACGCCCCUGCCGGCCCGGAGAACGGAGGUCAGGGGAGGUGGGGUCACGGAGGUCGUCUUACCAGACAGUGAUUUCGAUGAGCUGGAGGAGACGGGGCAGGUGAUGUGUCUGGACUGGAGCGAGCUGGUUGGACGAGGCUACGUCAUCCUCAACCUGACGCAAAACCUCAACUGUGAGGAGUUUCGUGUUGACCAGGGUGUACGGUUGUUGAGGAUCCUGGAGCGGGUGUUUGCUCGAAGAAUGAACAGCCCUGAGGGAUCGUGGGUACUCUACCUCAGCAAGCCUACACACCAGCAACACCAGCUGCUGAUGAACGUGGCAUCUGAGCAUGGAGUCAUAGGUACCAAGGAUGUGCUGGGCAUGCUGGGAGAGAUCAGGAAGAGUCUGAAUAAGGUGGGCAUCCAGAACUACAGCGCGGCCAGCAGCUGCCAGUCUCGGCCCAGCCAGACACGCAGCGACUACGGCAAGCUCUUUGUGGUUCUGGUGAUCAUCGGCUCCGUCUGCAUGGUCAUCAUCACAUCCGGGUUCAUAUACAUCUGCUGGCAACGACGGCUGCCCGCGACGAAGACGGCGUUCCGUGCGGAGGAGCUUCACUUUGUGGAGAACGGUUGUCACGACAACCCCAUGCUGGACGUGGCCAAUGACGGCCAGCCUGAGAUGCAGGAGAAGAAGCCGAGCGCCAAUGGGCUGGCAGGGGGAGGAGAAGGGGGCGGGGAGGACAGCAAUCGCUGGCAGGUGUUUGUCAAUCAAGCAGCGACUGAGGAGGACGAAGAGGAGCAGGACACACAUCUCUGAGGGAGGAAGAGGAUGAGGAGACAGGUUAUGAGUCUUUGAUAGACAGAGGAUCCAGACGGGAAGAAGAAGGAGAAGAAGAAGAAUAAGAAGGAGAGGACGAAAAGAAGAAAGGGGUGGGGGGGGUGGAAGGAAGUAGACGGGAGUUAAUAGUAGUAAGAUGUGUUGUCCAGUCAGUUAAGCUUGGACUGAGGCUACGAGGAUCAUAGCAGAGGAGUCACUGACGUCACCGUGGAUAUCAGACACUGGGCCAUAUGUCACAUUACGCAUGCUUCAAACAUCCCGUCAUGGAAGGACAGUAGACUUCCUGGUCUCUUACGUUGUCCACCUUGUGAAACAGUUGGACUGAAGAGAAUUACGUUGCGCUUCGUAUCCACGUACAAACACAUCCGUUUAGCGUGCCUUAAGUUUUUCGCUUUUUACGCUGUGGCUGCAUGAGAAAAAUGAAACCAGCAUAAAAUCACAGAGCAAAGCACCUUUUCCCACAUUUAAUGGCUCAGUGUGAUGAAGCUUUCAAAAUGGCUGCCAUUUUAUUUUACAUUAAACCAAAUAAUUCAACAAAAUGACCCGAACUGGACCAGUGGAGGAAUGUAACCUAAUACAUUUACUCAAGUAUUUUACUGAAGUACAGUUUUGUGGUACUAGCACUUUACUCGAGUAUUUUUAUUUUAUCUUUCCUGUACAAAUUAAUAUUUGACAUAGUAAAGUAUGAAUUAUGUUGGGUACUUAAAACUAGUCAGUAACGUGAAGUAAUUAUUUUCACUGUCCACAGUACACAGUGGUAAAAUACCAUUCACACAUGAAUGCUAUAAUUAUUCAGUAACAUAUAAAUAAUAAUAUGAUAUAAUAAUAUAAUACUGUCACCACGCACUUUUUUGCAUAACAACUACAUUUAGUACUUUAAGUGCAUUUUUCUAAUAAUCCUGUACUUUUACUUGAGUAAUAUUUUGAAUGUAAAACUUCCCUUGUAAAGAAGUAUUUUUACCGUGUUGUGUAGUUAAUCUUACUCAAGUAAAAGACCAGAAAACACACAAUUCAAUGACGACUGGACUUGGUGACAGAAAAGUACUGCAGACAGCAGCAAGAAAUUCUUCACGUCAGAUUAAAGACUAAAACAUGUUACAGCUUCAGCUCAGUGGUUUCGCCGCGACGUCCGACUCCAGAGACAACAGUGACUCCUCUUAGCUACUCCUCUGAAUCUGUGAACAGGAAGUAAAGCCUGAAAGUAUCUCUGAAAGUAAGGUCUUGGCACUUUAUCAGUUCCUCUUGGAAAUAGUGACUAUCAUCAUUGAUAUGCUGCAUCAUGUUAAAUGUAAUACACACAGUGACUGAAAUAUCUCCAUUUUGCUCAUAGGAAUGGUUGUAACUGCUGUGGAUUGUUGAACUCUACAGCCGGUCAUGUGAUUGCUAUACUUAUGUCCUGUUAGCCUAAUAUGCUUUCUUCAAUAGUGUUGGAAUGGCUGCUGUUUGCUGCUGGCUAAAUCUUGAGGCUAUGACACAUGGGCAACAUUUAGAGGCCAAAAGCAUGAACAAAUCGCUAGUUACAAUGUUGAAGUCGAGUCGCUCCACGCCGAGUCCAAGUCGAGCCCCAAGUCUUCAGUGUUUUAAGGUGAACUGUUUAAGUCUAAGUCACCAAGGAUAUGUCUGAGUCGCUAUGGUCAUAUCCGAGUUGCUUUGAUCACGUGCAAGUCGCUGAAUCACCGCUGCCAUUUUCGAGUCAACGGACUCUCAAGCCUGAGUCACUACAGUCUGAAUCAGUGCAGUCACAUCCGAGUCACUACGGUUAUGACCAAGUCACCACAGUCAUGUCAGAACCAACGUUUUACUGUCUGCAUUACUGUGGUCGUAUCUCAGUCUUUACGGUCCUGUCAGAGUCUUUAUGGUCAAACACAAGCCACUGCAGUCAUGUCUGAAACAGUACGUUAGUGGCCACAUUUGUGUGGUCAUUUCUGAAUCGGUACAGUCGUGUCAUCACCGUAACAUCCAGGUCACUACAGUCGUGUCCGAGUCACUGGUCAUGUCUUAAACAAUACGGUCUGAAUCGGUUCGUUAAAGUCUGAAUAAUACGGUCAUGUCAGAGUCACGGUCGUCGUCAAGUCCCUAUAAGAUCCUGACUGAUACAUCAGCAUUUAAGUCAAGUUCUGGAUGCCAUAAAUAAAAUACUGGCUAGUUACCAAACUGUCGUAGCUCAUGCAGUACCAUCAGAUGGACAGAAAUCAUUUCAGAUAUUUUUGCCUGGUUUUGGGUAAGAUGUACCAGUGGGCUCACAUCACGUAGCAGUAAUGGAGAUUGAAAAAUGCUCACUUUAUGGUGUUUGUCGACUUUUACAGCGUUUUUGUUUUUCCUGCAGUUUGUCCAUCUCCGCUCCUGUUACAGCUACUGUUGUCCAUCGUCAUUUCAUCAAGAUGUCGCCUGUGUUGCAGCUCUUUUACUCAACGUAACAAUACCGUGUUUGGCUUCACUAUAAACUGCGCUGAUUGAUGUGCACGUUGUCGGCUGAGCAGCAUUCAUGGAGCGUUCAGGACAUGCAGGGACUGACAGCUGACCCUGCUGUACACAUUCAGUAACUGACCUGAGUCUGAGAUCUGACAAGACACAGGCAGGACAUUGUCCCCUUGUCCUCCGCUGGAAGACAGAACAGACGAGCAUGUAGCUUUCAGCACUGCAGCAAGCACAAAUAUAAGGAAACAUCCUGCUUCUGUUGCUUUUAUUUACCCAAAGACUGAAUGAGAGUGGGAUGGAGACAGAUUCUCAUCAUGUGUUUUCUUUUCAGAAUCUGCUUUUAUUUAUAUACAGUGUUUUGGAUUUUAUUUAAGAAGGGACAGUCUACAUGAAUUAACACGAGCGCUUGGGUCUAAAAGCCUAAUUUUCCUCUGCAGGUUGAUACUGUAUAAGAACAUCAGGAAGAGAACUUAGAAGAGCACGUAAGCACAGUCAAAAGCACACGAGCACGUGCGAAAAGCAAAACACAACAUAACCACCACUGCAGACUGUGACAGCACGUUUGGUUGUCCAGUAAGCCGAGUUUAGAGAUCUGAGGCUUAAUCUGUAUUUUACACGUGGAAUACGUAAAAUAUCGUGUCUUACGUGACGAAAAUAUCUGCAAAGUUUGAUCAUGAAAUCCGAGAUCUUGAAAUUUUACAAUGAUGAUACGAAUUUGACUUUUCACCCAAUGCUGCUUAUGAAGUGUUUCAGUGGUUUUUAACGUGGCGCAGAGAAUAGUUCACGUGCGAGAGAAUCGUGACAUCGACAAUCGUGACGCACAACUCUGAGGCCCCCGAUGGUUAAGUUGUUCCUGACGGGUCUAAACCUGUAACAAACUGAGUUUUAUUAAUGGUGUUUGGUUUCCCUGUUCAUUCUGCUUCACUAAUAGCACUAAUGAGAAAUGCUGCUUGUCACCACUUCAUUUCUCUUUGCGGUAAAUAAAGGCCUUUAAUGUUCCACCAUUAUCCUGACAGGAUGGAGCCUUUGUUUUAUGAGUGACUCGUUGAACUUCUUGUGGACUGAUAGAUCAAAUCUCCUUUUAGCGAAUCAGAAUCACACUGUGGUCAGACAGUCCAGAUUUCUCUGUUUCUCUCUGCUCUGUUAGCGAAAGCCAAAUCAGAAAGCGUUUGCGACAAACUAGUUUUCCACUCAGUCAGUCCUUUGAUAACAUGCUGGAAGCUGCUUGUUAGACAUUUUAGCCUCAUGUGUGCUUUGCGUCUGUUAGCAGUGCUAAUGCAAGUCAAUGGGGUUUCAGCUGUAGCAAAAAACAAAUGUUUGUAUAAAGAUAACAAGCUUAGUUUCCUGGUAAGAUUUUUAUGUUUUGUCCAACGUUUUUGUCGAGUUUGCAUUAAUUCUUCCCAGGUUCUUUUCCCCUGUUCAUUUAUUUUUUUCUAUGUCCGUUUAUAUGCAUUUUGACUGUCAUUUGACUGUCUUGCUCUUUUGGUUGUCUGUGUAAUGAGUUAAAUGCGAGGAAUAAAGUUUGGAGAAAA